AUGCGGUGGUCCAGGCGCAGCAGGCGAGGCAGGGUCGAAUCGCAGGGCCAGCGGGGCGGCUCGCCAGCCGGCGGGCGUCGCGAGGGGGAUGCCGAUCGGGGGGCUGGGCGGCCGGGAUGCGCGUGCUUCGGCUGGGGCCGCCGCUGGAGCGGGUGCCCCGGCGCCGGGAGGAGGUGGCGACCGGCCGGCGGUGAAGGCGAUCUGAUUGGCGGCUUGCUGAGCGGAUGCGGGGGUGAUGAGGAGGUGGAUAAGGACAAGAAGGUGUUUUUGGGCCAACAAUGUUGUGGGCAUGGCCGGGAAUGGUGCAAGAAGUAA